GAGCUGAGAUCGUGGUUCCCCUGGACCAGUCCAUUGGGUUGGGCAAGGACCGCCAGCUGCGCUGGGAGAUGUGCAUGCUGGAUCCGAUGAGGCACGACGUGCUGGCGAGGCUGCGCGGGUCUGACUGCGCGGGGGACCUUGCCAAGGCCCAGCUGCACCUGGCCAGCGAGCUCCUGGAAACCCUCGAGCGGCGGAGGGAG